CGCUGAGAGUCACGAGCCUUCUCUCCCCAUUUUUGAAACUCGCCACUUUGCGGAGAUUAACCUAGGACAGUGGCGCUAGUGCUAUGGGGCCGAUCCCAAUUCCCUUAUAGUCGGGAGUCGAGUCGGGAAGUGAAAGUGGUGAUAUGUAAUGAUAAUGAUACAUAUAAAAAUAUGUUAUACCUAUACAUGACGUGAUCGUGAUAUCCGUGAUAAUAGAUACACACUUUUGCCCACUUGGUUGUGUUCGUUAUGUAGUCUUAAGUCUUAGUCUCAUCGCGUCAUUCUACCAGUAAGUGUACAAAGUGCAAUACGCGCGGACGUGAGAACUGAGUGUAAAAAGAAAAAAAAAAAAAAGGACGCAUAAUUUACAAUAGACCUACUUAUAUACUAAUGAAAUGAAAUAUAGUUUUAUAAUGGCACAACGCGUACCGUAGAGAUAAACGCACUGUUACUGACUUAAAGAGUUUUGUUUUACUUGUCAGCUGGCAAAUCAAAGCCAAAAGUCAAAAGAUCCCUAGAGAGAGAUAAAGAGAGCUCCCUGUGUUGCUUCGGCGAGUUAUCAGAAAUAUCAGAAUAUCAGAUACUUCGAGUGGAUUGUCUUCAAAAGCCAAAUCAUAAGGAAGCGAUCCUCUGCACGUCAAAAAACUGCAGCAGAGCAGAGCCUUCAUGCUUGUUAUAUUGUAUCAGCUACUUACAACUCGCACAGCUGAUGUCACGAGGUAUAAAUAAGAUCUAUACACGCUCUUGCUCCGUUUCUGCAUCCUACUGCUGCAACAUCAACGACAACUUCUGCUGAUGUUAUUUGAUCGACCGUAUAGGUACUUAUGCAGUGCUUCCUUCAAUCAAAGAGCAAGCAACUCUCAGAUGCAGCAGCUGCCAUUUGCCUGCAAGGAGGAGAGCCUCUUAUAUUUUUCUAAAUGCAGUGACGAGCUCAAUCAACGCUCGGCCAGCUUCAAUGACAGUCGUACCGCAGCAGCUCAGGGAGUAAGCGCUGCCUCCUACUCCUCGCUGUUGUUGCUAUUGCCUGAUUCUUGUUGUUGCUCUUUUUCUUUCCUCCUUCAGCUCCAUCUCUACGGGCCCUUUUACCCAUGAUGGAGCAAUAUUCUGUUGACGUUAACAAAGUUCUCAGUGAAUUUGAUUUUAAUGAAGCCAGAGGAGACCAAGCUCCUUCGCUUGCUGUCUCUGGUAAUGCAGCUCCAUUGCAAGUUGGUGGCCUACCCUUGCAAUAUGGAAUGUCAAAUGCAUUUUGUCAAGUUCCUAUGCAAGGUGUGAACAGUGACGAUGGAAUCGCUGGAAUUUUGGAGGGCAUUGACAUCAAUUCCAAAGAAAUCAAUCUUCUCGAGGAACAAGAGUGCCUAGCAAGUAAUAUUAGUAACCCUGUAUCCUCUGACCAGAAUAUCUUGAUAGACAAUUUAGAUUCCAUCAAUCAUUUUUACACACACAAUAGACUGCACAACGAUGAGUUGCAACAAAACCUCUGUAUCGAUGUUAAUGAAGCUGCGUCAUCAUCAUCUUUAUUGAAUGUUGUUAAGCCUAGUGUUGGAAAUAUUUUUAAUAACUUCAACGAGUUUGUACAUGACACAAACACUAAUUUGGUUAACUUCGCUAUUCCAAGCAAGACAAGUACAAUGGAAGAUUCUAGACAAAAUGAAGCGCUUAUUGAUGUAGCUGAUCCAUUUGUCAACAACUUUCCAAAGGCUAGUGUUGAAGUAGUUAAAAAGUGCUCGAUAGAUGAUUUAUUGACAGUCCAAACGGAGGAUCUGCUUGAAAAUAAAAAAGGAAAUAGUUCUGUGCCUCCAAGUUACCAAAAUAUCUUGCUGCCCAUUAAAAUAGAUCCCUACUCCACAGACAAGUUCAAAGAAUCCCAAGCUAAUAAAUUAGAACAAGACUUGGACUUUCCAGAUCUGAUGACAGCUGGUAACAAAAUCACCAGUGCUUUUAGUAAUCCAGAGCAAAUGGUAAAAAGUAUUCUGGAUGAGCCAGAACAUGUUUAUGAAAAUGUUUAUAUUGGAACAGAUAUUCCAAAAGCUCAAGAAGCCUGCAGUGCAGUUGAUGAGGCCAGAAAAAUAGGCUCUGUCUUUAAACACACCUAUGAAAAUGUGAAUUUUCCAAAUUCAGAUACACAAUUUAAUGAUAGUGGAGCUUAUGAACAACUUUACAUAAAUAACAGUGUUGAACGAACAGAAACUAGCUCCGAUUCGACUGACCACUUUAAUUUGAAAGAGCCACAAUUUAUAAGUUUAGGUGCAAGUACAACACUCGGUUUCCAGAAUAUUCAAUUAGGUAACUCACAAAUUCCGAAACAAGAUACAAAAUCAGUUGUUGGUUUUACUACGAUUGAUGACAUGUCCGAAGAAGAAUUAAACAAGUAUUUAGCAGAUUUAGAAGCAGAAGAGAGAGCAAGUGAACAGGUUGCAGCAUUGUACGAAAAUGUUCAAAUCGACGCUGUUGCAGAAAGUAAUGUCAAGCCAAAAUCGUUACCCGUCCAACGAGAUGACGAAGAUGCCAAUGAAGCUCCUAUAUUUGAAUCUGUCACAAUAGGCAAAUUACCCCAAGUUCCUCAAGAGCAUCUUCAAGAAAAGGUGAAAAAAUUUCCCGUAAUCGAUUAUAGCAAAGAAAGUGGUAAUGAAGAAACGUGCUCAGAAUCGGCGCAUAAUUUACACGAUGUAAGUAAGUUUAACGCACAAAUUAGAGAUAACGAAAAUAAAAUUAAAAGUAAACUAAUACACGAAAAAGUAAGAAAAAGUUCAGACAACACAGAACCCACUCAAACGCUAAAUCCUAUUAACCAAGAUGAUGAAAAUAAAAAUGAAGAUUUAGUUGAGGAUUGGGACGACGGCAAUUAUGUGUCUACUACAAACGAAACAGAGUCUGGUCCGAACAAAUUGGAUGCUCAGAGCUUGGAUUUAAAUUUAGAGGAAAAGAUAGAUUUGAAUAGCGCUAAAGCUCUUACUUCGAAGCUCGAAAAUGUGGAUAACAAAAAUUUAGAAACUAAAGAACAAAAUAUCGCAAAGCCUUUGAAUCAUAAGAAAUCAGCGACUCAUUCUGGGACACCCGUUAGAAGUACAGAAACUAUAUCGAGAUUUUCAGUUACUAGAAAUGUAGAUGUCAACGACAAAAUUGGUAGCAGAAGUAGGCCUAGUCAAAAAUGUUCUGGUAACAAUAUGACGUGCGACGAAAGCAGUGCUAGCGAUCCCCAUAGGCCACCUAGACCCCAAACUUUGAACGUCGUUUCUACAAUCAACGUGUCUGACAAUUCUACUGCAGGGGCUCUGCAUAAUAAUCAAGAAACAUCCGAUGCAGAGGGUGAUAAGGACAGCGGAAGAGCUCCAUCCCCAGAUGUAUCAGAUAGUUCUUCAAUGGAAUCUGGUUCUAUGCUUGGAAAGCAACCUCCUUUCUGGGUACCUGAUGGUGAUGCACCAAACUGUAUGUUGUGUAACACAAAGUUUACCGUGUACAAAAGAAGGCAUCACUGCAGGGCUUGCGGCAAGGUCUUAUGCCAUAAGUGUUGCAAUAUGAGAUAUAGGCUAGAAUAUCAAAGCAAUGUAGAUUCGAGAGUGUGUAUUCCAUGUCAUCAACUCUUAACAAAAGCUGAAAGUGACACUGGGUCAAGUGAUUACGCAGGCUGUUUAAACACCAAUAUUUCUACCAUAAAUUCACCACAGGCGAGACCUAAUCCGAACAAUCCAAUGGAGUACUGUUCAACAAUACCGCCUUUGCAACAGUUGGCAGGUGGCUUGCCACCACCACCUCCCACAGUGAUGGUGCCUGUAGGAGUUCUCAAACGAGAAGGUGCGACGAAGCAGCGUUCCGAGGGACCGAAAUCAGUAAUGUUCAGCGAUGGAAUAAGGCCUGGCUGUGACCUGACAGAGCUCGACACUACGUGGGACUGGAAGCCACCGUCGACACGCAAAGCGGUACCGAGACGUCCGGUGCAGGGCUACGUGGCGUCGGCAGCCAGUAAAAAACAAAAUCGCCCUCCCCUCGAUCCCGUCACCGAUAGUUAUAUACCCCAGGAUUCUGCCGCACUACCUCCGACUGUCAUUAUACACAAAGGACAGGUUACUUAUCAUGAAAUCACUGACGUUGACGGUCUUUACAACUCCUUGAAAAACGAAUGCGAGCCACCCGUCAUGUUUGCAAUUAAUCGCAAUCUGUAUGCCUAUGUAAAAAUAAUUAAUCUGAAUUGUUGCGCGAAUAGAACGUGUUGGAACGUAACUUCGAAAGGAUUAGCUUGCGUCGCUCAAGACGAAGUAAUUUUUUUAGUAGAAACAAUGCCGGAUGAAAAGGAAUUUCCGAAAGAUUUACUAUUGCACAUUAAUCAAAUUUAUCACGAAGCCACGAAAGGAAAUACAAUAUCCGAAUACGGUAUGUCGAUACAUCAAAGUGGAAAUCUUCUUGGUUCUCGUGAACACGCAGGCUUCCUUUUCAUAAGACAAACUUUGCAAUGCCUACAAAAAGUGAUUGUACCCCCAGCUCCGUUUCUUGUUGGCCUUUUAGUACACAGAUGGGAAACUCCUUGGGCAAAAGUUUUUCCACUUCGGCUGGUCUUGCGUUUAGGUGCUGAGUAUCGUUACUAUCCUUGUCCGCUUAUCUCUGUUCGAUUUAGAGAUGCCGUGUAUUUUGAAAUCGGCCACACCAUAAUGAAAGUGUUGGCUGAUUUUCGUAAUUAUGCCUACACGUUACCUAAAGUUCAAGGCUUGACUAUACAUAUGCAAGACAGAACUACUCAAGUUAGAUUCCCGAAGAAUCGAUUUAAUCAGGUUAUCAAAGGUCUAAACAACUCGAACGAUCACGUUUUAGCUUUUGCAUCGAAUUUUAGCAUUGAGGCCGAUUCACAUUUAGUUUGCAUGCAAACAAACUUGGAAGAUGAGAGCACUUAUCAAACUCAGGCGAUAAAUAUACAAAAUAAACCUAGAAAAGUGACUGGUGCAAGUUUCAUUGUAAUUAAUGGUGCUUUAAAAUCUUCUAUGGGCCUUUCUGCAAACUCAAAUAUAUUAGAAGAUGGCUUGAUGGUUCAGAUAAUGCCAGAAAAAAUGGAAGCUUUGAAAGCUGCGCUUAAAAAUAUGCAAGAUUUUACCAUUGGCUGUGGUCGUCAGGGUGCUCCUGAACCUGAUGAGAUUGUUAAUAUUACAUGGGUCGAAAAUGAUAUGCAGUUCAACUUGGGAGUUAAAAGUCCCAUUGACAGCAAACCCAUGGAUGGAAUUCCAUCUAUUAGAGUACAUAAUGGAAUUAACUUUGCGGGCACAAGUAGGUUCAUACGCUGGACUGAAGUGUUUAUAAUAAAGUCUGAUGAUGAUCAACCAUUUGGCAUGCAUUAUCCAGUGGAUAUAAAUAAAUUAUCAGAAAGCAUAGCUCGAGCUACUUGUGCAGCUCUUGUUAAGUUGCUAGAUUUAUUGGCAGCUGCUGGGCUUACGAAAAUCGCUGUGCGAACCACAAUUCAUCCUGAUAACGUUGGAUAUGAAGCAGGAAGUGAAGGCACGCGCUUACCACCUAUUUAUAUGAAAAGCUUAGAUAACGAACUUAUACAGGUCUUACAGAAAGCUGUACAAGGCUGUGAGGAUACGCAUACUGUACUGGAACUAGUAUUUUAUGUACUAGAGACUGAUGUUUAACACGCUGAAGCUCUUUUUUUUCUUAAUAGCUUCUUGUUCGAGAAGUGCUGAAUCUAAAUUUUUAAGAUAAUUUUUUAAUAUACAAUUAAUCGUUAAUCAAAAUCGCCCAAUUUUAUACUAAAACUCUAACGUUCUUAUUUUUUCUACGAUGAUGAACCAAAACACAGCAAACAGUUAAUGUUAAUGUUUAUGCAUUGAUAAUUAAAUUUCAUGUUUUUCGACAUUAUUUCUUAAAUUUAAAUUAGUGCUAUAUGGUGCAAAAAAUGUAGAACAAUGCAAUCAUUUUGAUGUGACUAAUUGAACUUUAUACACGUGGAGGUAAGUGUCGCAAUAUAUGUGUAAAUUAAUUUGGUACGGUACUAUUUUUAUUUUCAUCACAAAACAAUUAAUUAAGGUGUAGUUGGUUCAUUGAUAAUCAUUUAUGGUAACUCUAUACACAAAUUUCCAGAUUUUAAUUGCCAAAGAUGAGCAGAAAAUUUUUCUUGUGUUUCAAAUGAUUUGUUUAAAAAAAUUGUUAAAUUUAAAAAUUAUAACUAUUUGGAACUAUUAUUAAAAAAUCUGCUUAGUGUAUAUUUUGUCAAACUUAGCAUGAAAAACAUCAAUUCAAGAUUUUUUUAAAGCAUUGCAAAAAUUUAUUACUGUAUAAAUUUUGGUCAUUGAUACAACUUUAUUCACUGCUUUAUAAAUCAGAAGAUUUUUAAAAACGAUUGCAGCAUUAUAAAAACCAAUAACUCGAUAAAUAUUUUUUUUUGUUUGACUGAGGUUCAAGAUUAAUUUUGUGUAAUUGCUUAGCGACAUCACAUAACAUUUUUACUAAAGUGAAGUCAGCCUAAUUAUUAACAUUGUUAUUGAUGAUUGUUGGAAUGAAAAAUGUUUUAUAUUGUUACUUAAUGCUUAAAAGCUUAUAUAUUACAAAUAUAUCAUGUUACUCUUGCAAAAUAGUUUUCUUUCUUGUAAAUUCUCUUAUUAAAUGUCUAACGACUUGAGUUUAACUCACGUGAGGUAGUUCGUAUUAUAUCGAAUUUAUAUAUACAUACAUAUUUCUAUAUAUAUACACAUCUACGUCGAAAAAUUGUAUCUGA